AUGUCAUCGAUUGAGGAAGAUUUUAUUACAGUGCCUUGGGUCGGCUUCAACAGCCAUAAAAAAUGUUUAAGUAUAGCAGUGCUUUCAACUAACGGCGACUUCAUCGAAAAUCUAUCAGAAGCCUUAAUACAUAUUCACGCCAAAAGCAAUUAUAGAUGGAAACUGAUUGUGCUACGUUCUCACAGUUUAGAAGAAAUAGUGAGACAAGCAGAAAUAACAGGAAAAGUGGCAAUAGAUUUUAUAAUUAUUGCUAUGGAUACGAGUAGAAUAUUUUGUAUAGAAUGGGCAAGAAAGGUACUAGAACAAGUUCAUCCGGAUCUUAGAAUUCGUCGUGUUGUUAUGGUGAAUGCAAGUGGCUUGCCAGUGAAUGCGAUGGCUGUAAAUGCAAGUGACAUCAUAACAUUCUGUUCUGAAAACAGAAUAGAAAUGUUGAAUGCAAACAUAUCUAAAACUGACGAUGCACAAUUUGUGUCUCGGAGGAUACUGAAGUAUAUAGAAGUAUCUGUAGGUUCAGAAUCAGGUAUUCCUAAUCUCAAUAUU